AUGAUCGCUACUACUCACCGAGAUCUUCGUUCCAGCACAGCAGGCUACUGUAUGGCCAUGUCCCGAUGUUUCUCUGAGCCGGCCGGCUGCCUCCAACAAGGAAUAAACAUAACAACAUAUGAAACUUCCAUUCAAAUCAGUGAAUCAAGCAUAAAAUCAUGGAAUAAAGAACAUUUUGAUUUGACAUUUCCCAAACCAUCGCAGCCAGGUAUAAAAAAGAGAUCAAAAUCUUCAGAAUCAUCAGUCACAGUUCCUAGGCAUGACAAAAGAAAAUUACAGCAAGAUCAAAAUCCAGCUCACAUGUGGAUAAGGCACUCUUUAAGAAAAUAUUUCCAAAGACCAUCUAUUUACUUAGCUGUCCAGAGACAGGCUCCAUUGAGACAUCCUUAUACUCCCAAAACCUAUCUUCAAAAGGUAAAAUCAAAAACGUCCAAAGAUAACAAAAAAGGAAUGGAUUUGAACAAAAGUUCUAAGAACAAAAUGUGUUCACAUGCAAAAAAUUCAGGAUCCAAGAAAAUAGUAAAUGAUGAGAAAGAUGAUAAACCUGAAAGAAGUAAAUCAGAUAAAACUCAACCUAAGUCAUCAUAUAAAAGUGUAAUAUCUAAGAUGUCAAAGUACAAAUCAGAAAAAAAUCCAGAAUCCAAAGAUUCAAAAGUAAUCUCAAAAAAACAUUCAAAGAAUAAUAGGAAAAAUUCAAGGACUUCCAAGGAGUCAAACACUAAAUCCAUAUAUACAAAGAACAAUCCAGCAAAAGACUCUAAGAAGAGCUCGAAAAGUAAAUAUAAUUCCAAAUCAGAGGCUUGCUCAAAAAAUAGUUCAAAUUUGGAUUUAGUAAUGUAUUUGGAAGAGGCUGGCACUGAAUCCAUGGCUUUUGAUACAUGGGUAAAGAAUUGCUCCCAGAAUAAUUCAAAGAAGCCUUCCAAGAAGGACACAAAGAAGGAUGCAAAGAAGAGCUCCGACACUGAAUCUGGAAGCUCAAAGGAUGUAAAAAAAGAUACAAAGAAGGAUAAGAAAAUUGCAAAGAACGAUGAGAGAAAUUACAAGAAAAAGGAUUCAAAGAAAGACACAGAGUCUACUGGUGCUGAAUCUGGAGACUCAAAGGAUGCAAAGAAAGAUUUAAAGAAGGACAAGAAAAAUGAAAAGAAAGUUGAUAAGAAGAAAUAUUCAAAGAACGAUACAGUCUCUACCGGUUCUGAGUCUGAACUGGAAUCAAAGAAAGGUAAGAAAGAUGAAAAAAAGGAAAAGAAAGAUUCGAAGAAAAAUGACAAAAAGAAGUCUGUCAAGAAGGAUGCAACAUCUACUGAUGCUGAUUCUGAAUCUGAAGCAGAUUCUAAAAAGGGUAAAAAAGAUGAAAUGAAGCAGAAGAAAGAAUCAAAGAAAGAUAGUAAAAAGAAGGAUGCUAAAAAGAAUGCAGAAUCAACUGAUACUGAAUCUGAUGUGGAAUUAAAGAAGGGUAAUAAAGAUUCAAAGAAAGAAAAGAAAGGUUUAAACAAAGAUGCUAAGAAGAACAUGAAAAAGGACACGGAGUCUACUGACGUUGAAUCUGAUGAUUCUUUCAAGAUAGGCUUAAAAAGGGGCACAAAGGCCAAAGGUUCAGAUGCUGAAUCUGAAGAGUCACUAUAUAAACCUGGGGCUAAAAAGAGAGCUGAUGAAUCAGAUGGUACAUCUGUAGAUUCAAAGAAAGAAGCCCUGGAAAUGAAGAAAGGAUUAGGAAUGUCAUCUAAAAAGACAACAUUCAAAGAAAAAGAACAAAAACUAAGCACAGGUAGAGUUCCUCCAUCAAGAGAAAGACCACCACUCCCACCUUGUGAGCCUUUACUACCAUCACCUAAAGUCAAACGUCUGUGUCGGUGCAGGAUGCCUCCUCCACCUCCAAAACCAAGAUAUGCUCCUUUGGUAAAUCCCCAGUAG